CUCCCCUCCUCAAUCCCACCCCUCAAUAAGACCAACCAACAAACAAACAGUUUUCAUCAAACUCCCUAAUAUUCUUAAUUUUCUAAAUCCCAAACCCAAAAUAUGUCCUCGAAAGAGACUACAACAUUCCAAAUUCACUAUUUCGCCUCCGCAUCCACCUACACAGGCAAACAAACCGAACGUCUCCCCGCCCCCUUACCGCUGCCGAGACUCUUCGAUACCCUUGAGUCCAUGUACCCGGGGAUCAAAGAGAAGGUGUUGAGUAGUUGUGGGGUGAGUCUUGGGGAUGAGUAUGUGGAUGUUGAGGCUGAUGAGGCUGAUGGGGAGGUGGUGGUUAUUAAGCCUGGGGAUGAGGUUGCGGUGAUUCCGCCGGUUAGUUCGGGGUGAUCUACUUUUUAUAUGGUAUAGGUACAUGCGCUGGCUGGUGGGGGGUGGGAAGUCUGGAGUAUUAGGGUGUGGGUUUUGCUUGGACGUAUAUGAUUGAAGUGGGAAAGAAAAGCAGGAAAGAGAUUAAUGAAGGGUCAGAAUGCAAUGCAAGGGGAUAGAUUAGGGGGAUGGGGGGUUGUCACCACCGUCAACAUCAACAUCAACAUCAAUAUUAGCAUUA